AUGUCCGCACGACAAGUGAUUGUAGUUGAGGUAGCUCCGUCACCUAACCAAAAUUACGACCAUCUGUCCCUGGAGGAGAAGAUCGAUCGUGCAGAGAGCAAAAUCGAAGAUCUGCGAAGUGAGAUGAGCAGCCUGGAUCAGGAAAUAAACAAGCUGGGUCGGAAGACAAAAAAGUUAGAGAAGAGCAACGACAGAUUCGAGGAUGUCCUAUACAGAGAAGAAUGGGCAUCGAGAAGGGCCGUAUUGAGCGGGUUCCAGGCGUUGGAGCAAGGCGAGAAGACGGUCCUAAAGAACGAGAAACGGCUGCUUGAAAUGGACGUCAAGUCUCUGGAGUUAAGAAAGGAGUUGCGAGAAUGGGAACUUUACAGAGAGGGCCUGAAGACUAGUCAAGAGGAGAUGAGGUUUGACGAGUGGAUGAAACGUGAGGAGGGAUUGGCGUAUGAGGAUUGGAAAAAGAGUAAGUACAGUCGAGACUAG